AUGCUAUUCACUCCCAAUGCUGCUGCAUCGCUGCUAGCUGUACUCGGCACACUACUGGCGGAUGUGUUGGCUCAGGAUGCCGAGGGUUGGUAUAAGGCUCAUCCAGCCAUGGCGCGUAUCAGCCAUGUGAACCAAGACACGCAUCAGAUCGUCGAUGAAUUCGGCCGUACGCGGUUCUUCCACGGAACCAAUGUCGUUAUGAAGGAGCCGCCUUGGUAUCGGCCGUUGGAGUGGGUGCCUGGAGUAUCGUCAUUUGGCAAGCAUGAUGUCCAAAACCUGCAUGACUUGGGUCUAAACAUCGUUCGAUUGGGCCACAGCUGGGCUGGUGCAGAACCUGUGCGUGGGUCGUACAACCAGACAUUUCUCGAUAUCAUGAGAAAGCAGACCAAGAUGGCUGAGGACCAUGGCCUCUAUGUUUUGGUGGACGUGCAUCAGGACUGCCUGUCGCGGCAGUUUUGUGGCCACGGCGUACCUGACUGGUUUGUUAAGGAGGACUGGGUAUCGAGCAGCAAGAUGUAUCCGUUUCCCCUUAAGCUGAACUCGUUCCCUGUGGAUGAAAAAGGCUUCCCAUCGCCGCAGUCACUUUGCGAUACUGUCGACUGGUCUUUGAGUUACACGUCGGUGGCGGUGGGCAAUGCGUUUGGGAGAUUAUACAAUAACUAUGACGGGCUGGGCGAUGCGUUCGCGGCGUACUGGAAAAAGCUGGCAUCAGGAUAUGUUGGGACGACCAAUGUUGUCGGCUAUAAUCUGUUGAAUGAGCCGUGGGUGGGCGACACGUGGGCUGAUCCGACAUUGCUAGUGCCAGGUGUUGCCGACCACAAGGUCCUAGAAGGGCUCUGGAGCCGCGCGGCUAAGCAGAUCCGUACUGUCGACAAUGACACGCUCAUUUGGUUCGAAGGGGCCACCCUGGACGUCUUAUCGGGUUUUAACAACGUCCCUCUCGGGGACGGCUCGAAGUCAGUGCAUUCAUUUCAUUACUACAGCCUGCCGCAGCUGGGCUCUAUUUACACCACGCUCGACAACCGCCAAAAGGACAACGAGCGCCUUAGGACUGCCGGUGUGCUAACGGAGCUUACAUUCUGGAUGGGCGACGAUAAGCGGAUGCAGGGCUUGACAGACGCCAUGGCGGCGACCGACACAAAUAUGGUUUCCUGGAUCGGUUGGGCGUACGAGAACCUGUACAAUGGCACGUCUGGCCAUCCUUACCCUGAACUCGCGAAACACUACAGUCGUGCAUAUCCCGCAGCCGUCGCUGGCACUCCCACAAGCUUCGGCUUUUCUGAAAGCUCGGCCACUUUCAACCUGCAGUUCACGUCUGAUCCCAGUAUUGACGCGCCCACCGAAAUCAUCCUACCCCCAUCCACUUUUCCCAAUGGGUAUAGGGUCCAGGUCUCGCCCGAUGGCAGUUUGGUGCAGUACGCACUCGACAGACGUACCCUGGCCUUGUUCACAUCCAACAGCGUCAAGAACGCCACAGAAAUCUCUGUCACG